UCAUAACGCAGAAUUACAAUGAGCUCCUCAAGCUUCAACAGGCUGUAAACAGCUGUGGCUCCAGCGCGCGUGCGUGCGUAAGCAUCCAGAUUUCCAGGCGCUAGUUGUCUGGCAAAUACAGUGUUUUACGAGCAUUUUUUUUUUAACUACAAAAGUUCAUCUUAGUUCACUUUUGUGCCAGCGGCCGCUAUUAAGAAAUGCUGUGAAACUAAGCAUUUCUCCGCUUGCUUUUGUAAAGUUUAUCGCCAGCAUCAGAAGCUGCGCAGAACGCACGAUUCUAGCCAAUCAGAACGCGACACUGUUGAGGUCGUAACUAGGUCAUACUUUCUUAGAACAAAAUGUGUGUCACUCAGUCAUUCGGCGACCAGUCGCUCGCAUGGCGAGUAGAGGUGAGGAAUACCCCUGCUGCAAGGAAUUAGAGUGUAUGACAGGGGAUACGCCAUUCAUUACUGCAAGCGGCAGAGUGGCCCACUAACAAAGAACAGCGAAAGGGUGCAGAUCCGGUGGCGACAGAGUGACGACAGCCAGGUCAUUUUUAGCCACCAGCAAGCGCAGCUGUCUUCAAGAUUACCCACCGACCAUACUGAGAGCUGGGAGGGUUUGUUUCACUGUGGAGAGUCCUACAAGUGGAGAGGAGACCACCCCCACCCUCUAACCCUUUCUGCUGUGCAAAUAUUAUGAGCACUAUGGGGAAGGAAGCUAGUCUAGAGGGCUUGGAAUUUGAUGGUGAAACAGUGCUGUGUCGAGUGUGUGGAGACAAAGCCAGUGGGUUUCAUUAUGGUGUUCAUGCUUGUGAAGGUUGUAAGGGCUUCUUCCGUCGUAGCAUUCAGCAGAAGAUCCAAUAUAGACCUUGUCUAAAAAAUCAACAAUGCAAUAUCAUGAGAGUAAACAGAAACCGGUGCCAGUACUGCAGAUUGAAGAAGUGCAUAGCUGUUGGCAUGUCACGAGAUGCUGUGAGAUUUGGAAGAGUGCCAAAGAAGGAAAAGGCACGGAUCAUCGAGCAGAUGCAGAAGGUGAACUCUCAGUCACAGUCAUCAGCUCUGUAUACCAUGUUACAAAACGAACAGGAUGUGGUGCAUGCUGUUAUCAAUGCUCACAGGCAGACCUGUGACCUCACUCUGGUGCGAGUCUGCCAGAUGAGAGAGCAUGCUCUGCAACUAAGUGACUACAUCAACUGUCCUGCCAACAUGGCAUGUCCACUCAACAAUUGCCUAGCUCAUGACCCGAACGCCAACAAGAGUAGCCUCGAUGACUUCUCAGAGAGUUUUUCACCUGCUAUUAAAUCUGUUGUGGAUUUUGCUAAGGGCAUCCCAGGCUUCACUUUGCUCAACCAAGAUGACCAAGUUACUCUCUUAAAGGCUGGAACUUUUGAAGUGUUGUUGGUGCGCCAUGCAAGUCUUUUUGACCUGGAGUCCAACACCAUGAUGUUUACCGGUGGCCGUCUUUUCCGACGACACCCAUCAACAAUGACAACAGGAGCUGGUUUCCUGCUUGACUCCAUGUUUGAUUUUGCUGAGCGCUUCAAUAAGCUUUGUCUCACUGACGAGGAGUUGGCCUUGUUCUCUGCUGUGGUGCUUAUGUCACCUGACCGUCCAGGACUACGCAGCAUGGAGCAAGUCGAGAGAAUUCAAAACAAGCUUACAGAAGCUUUGCAGAAUAUGAUAAAUCUCAAUCACAAGGAGGACUCAACCCUUUUUGCCAAACUAUUGAUGAAGACUACAGACCUGCGCACCCUGAACACACUUCACUCUGAACGAUCUAUUGCUCAGAACAGCAGUAGCACACAGUUUGAGCCACGUGAGUGCCACAACACAGAAGAAUCAGACAUGGAGUUUCAGGAUUCCAUCAGUACUGUGUCUGGACGGUCUUCUCCAACUCCUUCUGAAGCAUCCAACAUGACCAUCACAUCUGGCUCUUUUAGUGAUACUUGCUCCCUAGAAAGUGGAGGUUUGUCAGUUAUGCCUCACCGCAUCCCCCUUGAAGCUGCUAGUCAUCAGCAGGUGGUACUGCGCACACCAUACGGCACAUUUUAUCGAGAGGAGACGAGUGGAUUUUAUGGACUUGUUCCUGAGCAGCCCCGACGUCGGUGCAACACACUUGAUCGCGACACGCUUAGCCGCCCAAGACUUCACACCAUUGAUGAAGGCAAUCGUCGUCGCUACACAUUGGACCGUGAAUACAUCAACAAAAUGGUUAACCGAUUGAGUGAUAGGCUGGAAAAGAGGACGGCUAUCAGAGGGGACAGCAUUCCACCCUCUAUUUCAUCCAGUGCAGCAUCUAGUCCCAUUCCUGAGGAGUAUGGGGCCCAAGGUGGUGCUGACUUUGUUCCCAUCUCCACAGCAGAGCAGACUGUAACAGGCUCUCGGUCAUCCCCCAUUAUUCAUCCAGAAGCUCUGAUGGCGCAAGCUUAUGGAUCAUCCCCAGCUUCCCCUCGGCCACGAUCUGGAUCAUUUGGCACUGAUGAGUACCAGCGAAGACGCUGUUACAGCCUCCAUUUGAACAGUGAGGGACGUGCAUCCCGUGUUCCCAUGCACCAAAAGAUGAUGACAGAAAGAGAUCAGGUGUCACCAGAAUCCCAUCAAUAUCUGUCAGCUGAACAGCGCAGGGGAAGCGUUGGUGCUGCCUGUGGACUGCAUGCCCGAAAGAGAUCACUGCUGGUUGAUAGGCCACCUUCUUAUGUUGGGCACUCAGCUGACAGCCUAAGACAUGAGCCUGCAGACAGCCGCAUUCGAGGCUCAGCCCCUAGUCUGAAGCAUCUCAUUCCAGAUGCCUCACUAUAUGGACUGCCAAUGGUUCCUCAGUCAACUAGCCCAGUUCUGCUUUCUCGACGAAGCAUGCUGCCUCCUUCCUCCCUUGGAAUUAGCCCUCCUCCUUUCAUGUCUCCUUUGAAUGAUAAGACUGUUCAUCCCUUUGAAGCUCCACCCUCAGCCUUGGGCAAGAUUGGGGAGCACAACUCUGUCUCUUCCACUGUCACAAGUGUUGCCAGUAAAGAGGGAUGCUUGGGAUUGUCAGCUGACUUGCGUCUGGGAUCUUCAACUGACUUGCGCGUGCCCAGCAAUCCCAGCUCCCGCAGUACAUCCAGAGGUGGCUCACCGCAGCAGGACAUUGAGUCUCCAAAUGAAACUUUUGGCCACAAAAAGUUUGACAAAUUCAGGAAAGAGAAACCUCAGAUUGUAGGUGAUGAAGGAGGGGCUCCUGCCAAAGAGAAUGUGGACAAUGGUCUCAAGGGCAGUGAGGGUGCCUCCAAGGACAGUGACAAUGACAGCAACAUCCUGGACCAACAGGCUUACACAAUGAAGACUCCCUCCGUAACACCGCCAUGUUCCUCGAGCAGUGAAAGUUCCUUCUCUGAAAGCAAAGCCAAGCGUUCAGCCAAGGAGGCACAUCCCAAUCUCCUGGCCCAUCUGAAUUCGCCUGCACAGGUGUCAGCAAAGCAGAAGCAGCAUCCAGCCACUUCAGGAUUGACGUCUGCAGCCACCGGUUUCCCGUGGCAGCAACAAGGCCAGCAACCCCAUUUCUUUGGGAAGGAUAACUCAAGCAAUGUGCAUGGCUCUCUUCAGUCAUCUGCAAUCGCUGCAGCUUUAGCUGCAAACCCUCAGCUGCUGGCAGGGGAGAGUAAAGUGGAACCCAAGAAGACAAGUAGUAUGGCAGAUGCAAGCAACAAGGAACAGUUCCAUGCUGUAGCUGUCUCCCAUCUUAAAGACAAACUAAUGCGCAAAUUUGAUAGCAUGGAGAACCUUCACAAGAUGGCAGGUGCAAACAAUUCACCUUUGGCUACUUCCACAGCUAUGUCCUCUAAACUUGAUACUGAUGGUGAGAUGCCAUGCCAUGACAGCCCUGCAGAUUCUUCAUCCACUUCAUGCCAAACUUUGACCAAGUCAGUCUUGGCGUUGCCGUCAACGAGCUCUCUGUCACAGAAUGUCCCUAUGCUGCUGCCACCAAGCCUGCACUCGUACCAUCCCUUGCUCAGUUCUCAUUAUCCUAACAUGCAAGGCCUGUGCAUGCCAUCCUCAACCACAAGUUCACAGCAUUUGCCUGGACUCCAGCAGUUCGCGCAUAUGUUUGCAGCAUCGGGUAUGCUCCCCACCACAGGCAUUUCUUCUUUUCCCCCAACCUGUCUCUCUAGUCACACCACCACAGCCUCCAUAGCUAUGACAUCUGCAGAGCGGAGGUCAGAAAAUGCAGUCCCACUAAACCUGACAUCAAAAAUGGAGAACAAUGCUUUGCAAGCAUCUCCCUCGUCCAUUCCAGUCAGUGUUAUCAGCGAAACCAGUGUAAAGUCAGAAGUGUAACAGCAUGAAAAUUUGCUGUAGACAGGGACAGUGCACUUACCUGUUGAGAUCACAAACUGUGAUUUGCGAAUAUGAUGAACAUCACUACACAGUUUGGUUUUCUUUCUUUUUUUUUUUCUUUCUUAUUUUGAAAUGGUGGAGGGGGAGUGGGAAUGCUCAGACCAGAAAAGAGCAUAUUUCUGGACCUACCAUCCCCUCCAAUUACUGUUCAUGAAGAAAACUACCAAAUCUUACAUCAGGGCUGUCUAAAGUGUCUACAGCUAGCAUUCCAGAACUGUUUGCAAGACUGUAUUUAUGUGCAUUGUUGUUUUGUUGUUCCCAGGCAAGCUUUGUUUGCUGGUCUCAUUCAUCUUGGCGUGCUGAAAGGUUUCAAGAAACAGCCAAGAGUUUUAUUUUUCUCAAAGAGUCCUUGUUGACCCUUGUUUGUUUUUAUUAUCACUGUACAUUCUUGUAAUUUCUCACCCAGGAUGUUAGGGUUGAAGUGUGAAUGUUGAUAAUUAUAAAAGAGGUUACAGUCUGUCUUCUUAAUGAUUGGCAUAUUUCACUUUCAUUUGAUGAGUUUUGUGGAAUAAAGGAAUAUGAUACAUGAUAUUUAAAAAGAGAUAAAAAGCAAUGAUAAAUUUCUCCCACUAACAUAGCUAAUUGAUUAAAGUAGAGAAGAUAAAUCAUUUCUGCAUGAAGCUUUUAAGCAGGAAGCAUACUCACCUAAAGUUUUAUUAACUGCUAAAUUACCAUUAUGCUGAUCACUUGUCUAACUGUGACUGUGAGAACAGUAUACAGCAUACUUUUGCAAAUACCCAAAUAGAAAUUUCACUGGUGUGUAAAUUUUUCAUUUACAUUGUUAACAGAAUUCCUUCUCUGCAUAAAUGAAAACAAUGCAAAGAAGAGCCAAUAUGAUUUAUUAAUGUUAACAUUCACAUUUCCCACAAAUGUGUUAAAAUCUACACACUAGGGAUUAUCCAUGUAUCCAUGUUUUGAAACAGGCUAAAAAAAAAAGAAUAAAACAUAAAAUUCAGUAAACUAGAAGGAUAUUAAGAUAAUUUGAAAAGUUGUGUUGUCUUAAAUUUCAGUGUUCUUAUCCUGAACCCAUUUCCCUACUUUCCUCUGAGUUUUGUGCAUUUUUCUGCAUUUAAAAAAUGUAAUACAAAAAGUAAUAUAUUCAAAGAAAUAAUGUUAAUUUAGUUUUCAUUAUUUCUUUUGUGUGGUGCCAUACUGUGGCUGUGAGAUGUUCUAAAGUGUUUUUCUGCCUCCACCUGUCAGAGAGCAAGCAAGAUAGGAGGGACAGGAGAGAGAGGCAUGGUGUGCAUGAACGCCAGAGAAAGCACACGUGUACUGUUGCUGCUGCCUAGAACAUUGUAUGUUUACAAAAAGUAAAUAGUGCAGCACAUGGAAUGAUUAAAAAAAAAUUAUUUGCUGUCGAGUGUACUACACUGAACACAUCAGAGAAGUGUAGCAACAGCUGUUCUGAAAAGCUGAUCACUUGAAUGGAUCUGUAAGAUCUGUCUGACACUGGUCAUGUGGCUUGAUCAUAUUGGCGUAAGUUCUGGCAUAUGCUGCAGAACGAUCUUUGGGGACAACAGUGUGCUGAAACUCAAUAUCAAAGUUUGGAAGUGGUAUUUUUAUGUCUAAAGACAGCAUAUUGACUGAAUAUGAUGAAAAUGUUAUUUAUGAUAGACAAUGAAAAUUAGUUACAUUUAAAACAGUUGUUUGUGUUCAUGUGGUUUUAAUAUAUGUGUUAUUUAUCUGUUAAGUGGUAUAAUCUUUAAUCGCUGAUGUUCAUUUGUAUGUCAAGAUACAAAACUGUUUAAGAACUUGGCAGUUUAAUCUUAAAAGUGGGAGAUGGUAAAGGUUUCCCAUGGAGUUUUUGCUAGACAAAAAGUUUGUACUUUCUCGAUUUUGAAUGACUUUUGAGCAUUGUUUUUUUUAUGUGUUGUUCAGAUGAAAAAGCAGAUAUCUCAUUUAGACCUUUAUGUGUAUUUAUUUUAUUUAUUUAUGUUUUAAAGGCAGCUGACUUUAAAUUAAUAAAUAUUGUCUUUGACCAAAUGCAUACUAAACAAAUCUAAGCAGAACGUAUAUGUUGUGGUUUUAGAUAGCAAGUACACAAAUUAUACAUCUGUAGUCUUUUUAAAGUCUUUUCUUACAGGUUAUUUUUCUUCAGACAGGUCAAUCGGAAGGGCUACUUGCCUAUUGUGUCUCUCUAUGAGAGGAUCCUGAAAUGUGGGAACAGAGAUAAUAGCCAGCUUACAUAGGAUGAGCCGUCAUGGCAUAUUAAGCUUUUCAAUAGCAGAGUAUGGAUAUAAGUUGUGGUGAGGGCUGGAGAGGGUUUAUCCUCCAAUAAGCCCUCAUUUGGUCUGUAUUAAGAUUGCCACCGGUCACUGAUGGUUGAUCUGUUCUUUUUGGUCUGCUGUGAUGGUUUCCAUUCUCUAAGACGACGGUUUAUGCGUUCUUCUCCUGGUGCUGGCCAUGUUUGCAUUAGUCUGAAGGUCGACCUUUGCUCACAUAAUGUGACAUGAUUUGUUGUCAUGUGAUCUUUGAUGAAAUCUAGUGUACUCGUAUGUGAUCAUCAUUAUAUUUUCCAUGUGUGUGAGUGAGAGAGAGCAUGUAAUUUUUUUCCAGUCUGUUUUUCCCAGCGUCAUGGAUGGCCAUUUUGUUUGCAAACACCUGUCUUCACCUGUUUUCAAUCACAACCAACCUCUAAGUUUUCAGUCGACUUGAUUCCAUUGCUUUCAGACACACAUCACCUCUGCCCUCUCACACCCUCCCGUCUACAUUUAAUUAUGCAAGCUUGCAUUUUCCCUUUAAUUUAUUGCGCAUGUAACAGAAAGUAUGGUCAGAUGCCAUUGUUGCGUCUUUUUUUUUUUAAUUGCUGCGUACCUGUUGGAAAGGUAUUCAAGCUGUACAUGCAGAAAAUUCACUUGGCGAAUGUUAUAAUUUUUGACUUAUUUAUUCUGUGCAUGCAUGCGUGUGUGACGAACUGGGUUGUCAGGGUUGGUUCUGUCACGUGAUGUAUAUCACGCAGGUGAAUCUGAGUUGGAGUACAUCGCGUUUACGAAUCCUAGAGGAAUGGGCGGGAGGGGUAUAGAGUCGGGAUUCAUUGUUAUCUUGAAUCUCUCAAUGUCUCACGACUGUCUCACUUCACCACCACCAACCCCCUCAACUCGCAUCCUUCUCUUCCCGCUCUGUGGGAGAAGGAAGGAGACUGCCUGCUGGAUUCGUACAGUGAGUGUACAACAUCCCCAAUGACUGAACUGCCUGCAAUGAAUGAAGUUGUCUUUUUGUUUUUUUGGGAAAUGUAGGUUUUGUCUACGUUCAGUACACAGUGAAUUGUGUUGUGGAAUUUUGUUUGAUUGUGAUUCCUUCCUGGUGAGGUUUCUUAAUGCCUUAAUGGUGUGGUAAUAAAUGUUAUAAAGACGACC